AUGGAUAAACAGAAUAAGUUUGAAAUGACGGAUACAAGAUAUCCAGCGAGUCCACCGUACCCAGGAGGCUCAGGGUUUCAACCACACCAACCUCCUUACAGCAAUCCUCCACCAUACACAGAACACCAAAUAGUAGGUCCACCAGUGCAAACCACUGUUAUUACAACAUCACCCACCAUUGUGAUGAUCAACAAUCUGGGACCAAAUGCAACGUCAUGCUUUUGUACUGCGUGUAAUAAGCAAGUUGUCACUGCUGUGAAAAAAGAAACAACUCUCAGGACUCAUUUGUUAGCAGGAAUUCUGUGUCUAUUUGGAUGUUGGUGCUGUGUUUGUAUACCAUACUGUGUGGAUAGUCUUAAAAAGUCAUUUCAUUACUGCCCACAAUGUAACGCUUACCUUGGAUCGAGCACAUGA